ACAUUUUUUUUGAAAAAAAAAAAUAUCAAAAAUUCAAAUUUUUUUCAUCUAUUUUGUGUUUUUUGAAAUUUGAGUGCUCGAUCUCCGUAAUACUUUCUUACAUUCAUACAACUGUAACAAUGGACAAUUCCUCUGAAGACUUUCAACAAAAAUUACGCUCUUGGUUCCAAAAUAAAGGCAUAAUUGAUAAGCUGGUUUUGUAUCUGAGAAGUCAGAUGUUCAUAGAACUUCAAAAUCAUUCCAAAGAAACGAUAGGAGCCGAUGAAAAUAAUUCCGUUUCACCGAAACUUCAAGCUGUCAAACUCUUGAUCGCUGAUUUUCUCUUACGAGAGAACCUACUUUUCGCUCUUUCCGUCUUCUGUUCAGAGGUUCCAGUAUUGUCGAAUUUUAAACGAUACACGAACUAUAUCUCUCAUUUGGCCAGUAUAACGAGCAGCUCUUCUAAAAAUUCAAAACAACUCAAACCAAAAUUCACUAGCAGCGAUGUUCACGAUAUAUUAGAAGCUCUUGGAUUACGCUUAACCAAAGAUGAAAUCAGCGUUGUGCAUAAAAUGUACAAAUCAGAUAAAUUCAAUUCUCUGCUAUUUUGUUUGUUGUAUUUGCUGCCAACGUUACUCAAGAGAAAUAGACAUUUACAGCGAAUUUUAGUAAAAGUGAAGAAGAAAGAUAGAUAUUUUAGAAGAGUCAUUCGAUCGGAGAAAACAAAAGUUAAUCGAAUGUACUCGUUAAUUCAGAACGCUUACGAUGUAGUUUUAAAUCACAAGACUGAAUUAAAUCUCGCACUUCAAAAGCAAAAUGAAUUAUUGGAAAGAGAAACUAUACUAAACGAUAAAGAAGAGUAUUUAAUUUCAAAGGAGAGAGAUUUCGAAAAUUAUUAUCAAGCUAAGAUUAAAGAAGUUGAAAAAAAGACUGCCACUAUUGCCGAAAAAGAUCACGAAUUGCUGGAAAAAUAUAAAAAGUUAUCGGAAGAACAAGACGCUCUGAAUUCCGAAAAAUUGCUAUGGGUUGAAAAAACAGGUCAAAUGUAUUCCGAACGAACUUACGAAACAGUGAAAUUACAGGAAUACGAGCAAAAGUUUCGUACACUUCAAACCGAAGUAUUUGAAAUCUUAAAACAAUGUCGACAAGCGCAAGACAAAAGGAACGUUGAAGUUGAUAAAGCAGUCAAUAAAGAAAUCCAAUGCAGAUUCGAUAUCAUUAAUCAAAGCCAACAGACCGAAUCCAACGAUACAUUAAACCUGGAAGAAUACGUUAAUCUGAUGGAAAAAGAGAACGCAUUAUUGAAAUCUGGUUCAUUCAAACAACGUCAAUACAUCGCUCAAUUAACCACCGAAAUUGUCUUCUUAAAAAACAGACUCGAUUAUUUAGAAAAAGAUUUACAAAUCAAAGCGCAAUUUGAACGAAGAAAAGAGAUGAACGAAGUCGCCGAAAAACUAUAUUCACCUAGAUCUACGCUGUUCGAUAGACCAAAAAGUGUAUCAACAACGUCUAAUUUUAAAAUCAACAGAAGAUUAUUCCCAGAGAAAGAAUUUCCAUCGAGUUCGGAUCCGACGAGUAGUACUUCUAAAGAUGAUACCAGUUUAACCGACGAACUCGUCAAUGAAGCUAAAAAUAAACUCGAGCAAUUGGAAAACGAAAGCGAAGCUUUGAAUAAGAAUUUCAAACAUUUACAAACCGUACUUUCGAAGAAUAUUUCCUUUAGCGAUGAAACUAGUCAAAGUUCAUCGCCUAUUGAUAAACUUCGUCGUAAAUAUACCGCACUUUCGCCCAGAUUCUCUAAUUCAAAUUUAAGUGAUAGUGAUUUGGAUUUGAAAAAUAGUACUUCGUUCAAGAAAAUGUACUGGAGGUAUAAACAAAACAAGCGGAAAGAAAAGCCAGUUGAUGGUGAUGAAUUAAAACCUACAAUCGAUGAACGUAUUCAAGCUGAUAAUGAAAGUAGUUCGAAUGAUCGAAUAAUGUUAGCAAAAAAACUAGCAGAGAAUUUGAAUAUCGAAGAUCCUGAAAUUGAAAAAAAAGAAAGUGAUCGAAGCGAGGCAAACAUGGAAAAUGAAGAUAGGGAUGGAGAAAUUUCGAAAAAAGAUCAUGAAAUCCAGAAUAUUACUAAACAACUCAGUAAUCUGCACGAUUCUUCCGUUACCAAAAGCAGUGAUUCUAAUACAAAACAAGAAGGAGAAUUGUCGGCUGCUUUGAAAGAUUCUGAAAAUUCUUCCGAUUUCUGGAAGUAGGACUGAACAGUGAUCAUUAUUUCGUGAAUAAAAAUUUUCAAUUUUUUGAUGUUAAUAAUA